CCGCUAGGGGGAGCGCCACUUCGAGACAGCUCUUUGCUUGUUAGCGACACUGCUAACUCGAGCUCCAGCAGCUAGCGAGAGUCUUAUACCUGUGCGAUGCUCUGCUCGACAUUAAAUGUGGAUUUUACGCAUCGUUUUUGCUUUUUAGCGCUCAGUUUAUAAAUGCGGGACCGAUGUAGCAGCAUAACGCGACAGUCUGACCGUAUCAGACUACCUUAGCUCUUAGCUUCGCUAAUAGCUUAUGUAGCUAGUGGCUAUAAACCAGCCCGAAAACAACAAAAGCUACCGGCUGUGCUGCGACAGUAACUCUGUUCAGCUUUAAAACAGAAAUAUGGACCGCCUCACAUCUUUUGGAAAUGACCCUUUUGACAAGCCUCCUUGUCGGGGAUGUUCAUCAUAUUUGGUGGAGCCGUACAUAAAGUGUGCCGAAUGUGGACCAUCCCCUUUUCUCCUCUGUCUCCAGUGUUUUACAAGGGGCUAUGAGUAUAAAAAGCACCAGAGUGACCACAAAUAUGAGAUCAUGACAUCGGAUUUUCCCAUACUUGAGCCUGGCUGGACAGCUCAAGAGGAGAUGGCUCUCCUAGAGGCUGUCAUGGACUGCGGCUUUGGGAACUGGCAGGACGUGGCUUAUCAAAUGCGCACCAAGACCAAGGAGGAGUGUGAAAGCCACUACAUGAAGAACUUCAUCAACAACCCUCUCUUCUCAUCCACUCUGCUCAGUCUCCGGCAGAUGGAGGAGGCUCGGACAGCAGACAGUGCUAUCCCAUUCAAACCCGCGGACGAUCCUCCUAGACCCUCGUUUGACUCUCAGCUCUCCAGAGAUAUGGCUGGGUACAUGCCUGCUCGAGCAGACUUCAUGGAGGAAUUUGAUAACUAUGCAGAAUGGGAUUUGAAAGAUAUUGAUUUUGUUGACGACGAUUCUGAUAUUCUUCAUGCCCUGAAGGUUGCCGUUGUGGACAUAUACCAUUCAAGACUGAAAGAGAGACAACGUAGGAAAAAGAUCAUUCGGGACCACGGACUCAUAAACCUGCGCAAGUUUCAGAUACUGGAGCGACGUUACCCAAAGGAAGUGCAGGACCUGUAUGAUGCCAUGAGGCGAUUUGCCAGGGUGGUAGGACCGGUGGAGCACGACAAGUUCAUUGAGAGCCAUGCUCUGGAGUUUGAGUUGCGGAGGGAGAUUCGACGGCUACAGGAAUACAGAAGGGAAGGCAUCCAGUCUUUCUGUGGCGCUAAGGUGUAUGAUCGGGUGAAGCGGGUGAGGGAGGACGAGCGCAGUAAAAGGAACAUGCUGUGUGAAGUGCUGCAGUACAUCCACGACGACCGUGCCUGCCAGCAGUGGCUCCACAAACAGGCUGCCAUUGAUGCUGGCAUUACUCCUGUGGUCACCACCAUCACUACCUCAGGCAGAAGAAGCGCACCUCCUUUGAACUUAACAGGGUUGCCAGGUACAGAAAAGCUCAACGAGAGGGAAAAAGAGUUGUGUCAGGUGGUGCGGCUGGUGCCCGGGGCGUACCUGGAGUAUAAGCAGGCCCUGCUGAAUGAGUGCAAGCGGCAGGGCGGCCUUCGGCUGGCGCAGGCCCGCUCGCUCAUCAAAAUCGACGUGAACAAAACUCGGAAAAUCUACGACUUCCUCAUCAAAGAGGGCUACAUUAACAAAGCCUAGCUCCAGGAGAGUGACUGGACUUUGCACUUCUGGCAGGCAGAGAAGUGUCGACACGUUCCGCAUCCUCGGUGUUGGGCAUCAGCACUGAGAACUGAUCUUACUAACUCUGAGUAUCUGUCUUCAUGUUGCUCUACAGUGUUUCUUUGCAAUGAGUACUGCAUGCGUUUUGUAAACAAAAGGGGAGAAGAAAUUUUGUAAAGUUGUGUAAAUUCAGAGCAGUGGAAUAUUUAAUCACCUGUUCCUGCAGCAUCACACACGUGUGAAUUGCCUUUUGUCCUGGUGAACUUUUAUUUGUAGACUUCUUCCCUGAAGCCUGUUUUGUCAGACGUUGGCAGUAUACAUAACUGUUUUAUAGUUGUUUGUUGUAAUUUCUUGUGCCCCUGUUCGACCACAAUUACAAUACAAACCUGUUCCCAAAACA